GGUGAACAAAAGCAACGAAACAGUUCGACAAAUCUGAAUAGAUGAUUCGUGUAGCUUCACAGAACCUGAACCUGAAAGAUCGAAUUACUUUACCCUCGCCAUAGCCAUUCUCAGAAGAACGAAGAUGGUGACUUCCUGGUUCUCAAAAGUGGCGGGGUCAUUGCUGGUCUUUUGGAUUGCUACUGCUUCAGCGGAGGUAGCCACUUGGUGUGGAAAACCAUAUAUGAGCACGUAUGCCAUCACAAAACGGGACAUAUCUACAUCUGAUUAUCUUUGUGAGCUUUCUUACUGACGAGUUCCGCAGAGAUCAAGCUGUCCAUCCCGGAGGACAAUUCCAAUUCCCUCAAGUCAAGGAUACACCAAUGCUACACGUUACUCUCCAGCCUCUUUACAGCAUUUCUCUUGAAAACGAUAUAGGCAAUGCCUUUAUUCUCAAUGCUGAAAUAUCGUAUACCUUUGGACAACCCUUCGUUAAUUCCACUCACACCUUCACCGAAGAUGAUGUAGAGAGAUCACGUUCAUUCAACAGACUCGAGUUUGAGAUAUAUAGUGACGAAGAUAAGAAGACACUCGUUUCAAGCUCCAUACGUGUAAACACGACUGGCAACCUCAUUAACUUCUCCCUCUCGUCUUUCACUCCUCGACUAUCUCCAUAUCCCAUAACUCUCCACGGCAAAUCCCCAGACGGAAAACAAAAAUACACAGCCAAAACCUCAAUCUACGUCCUCCCAUCGCGAGCCUCAGGAAGCGCCGUCAAAAUAGACAACCUUCACGGUGGCCUCUUAGUCCAAAACCAUAAAAACUUGUACACCGGAUGGUACACAGUAUUCCCCAACGGACACUACGCGGAUGGCGGUCACGUCACACCAGCUAUCUUCAACCUCACGAAUCUAAACACCUAUGCAGACCACGGAUUCAACACGAUAAAUAUCGUUCCUGAUGGUGGAUUACCUGAUCAAUCGUACCCAGUGGAAUCACUGGCUAAGUAUUGGGAUCGAAUGGAUGAGCUUAAUUUGUUGAAUAUUUAUGAUAUGCGGUUUGCGUUUCAGAAUAGCACGAGGAUUGAGGAUCAAGUUGCGCUUUGGAAGGAUAGAGAUAGUUUGUUGAUGUGGUAUACUGCUGAUGAGCCAGAUGGGGUGGGUGAUGCUUCUCUUUUUCCAGUCCUGUUUUGCACGUCUCAUUGCCUUCUUUAGAUCCGUUUCUUCCAUACCACUUAGACGAAUCAUGUACUGAGCUAGCAACUUCUCCCAAAUCAUCUGAUUUCCCCAAGACGCUGAAGUCUCCUCCCUUCCAUCCCCAUCAGCUAUGGUAGCCCCCUACAUACAAGACCAAACACAAACCAACCAAAAACAAAAAAGAAACUAACACCCUCCCAGUGGGCCUACCCCCUAAACUCCACCCUAACAGCCUUCACCCACCUCCAAACCCUUGACCCCUACCACCCCGUCUCCCUCGUCCUAAACUGCCAAAACUACCACUACGUCCCCUACUCCUCGGGCGCCCAAAUAAUCCUCACAGACCCCUACCCCAUCUCCAUCAACGUAACCUACUCUUUGCAAUUCAACACCCCUUGCAACGAAACAUACGGCGACUGCGGAUGUGACAACUGUCGUACGUCUCCCAUCCCAUCCCAUUCUAUCCACCAAUCCUUAUCAUACUGACACAACAUUCUAGUCGGAUCUAUCAACGACGUCCCAACCCGCAUCACCACCCUAAAAACCUACGAAUCCCACCUCGAGAACCCCGGAACCAAACCCCUCUGGGCGAUCCUCCAAGCCUUCGGGAACCAAACGUACUGGCCCGGAUACCCCAGUAGCGAGGAAGUAGCAGCCAUGGCGAUCCUCUCUCUCAACGAGGGUGUCAAGGGGUUGGGGUAUUGGAUCUAUCCCUCCUCGCCUGGUAUAAAUACCGUCACCGGAGAAUUGGGAAGGGUUCUUGAUUCGGAGGAGGUGAGAGAUCAGUUUUUGUUUGGGCCGCCGCCUGUGAAGGUAGCCGCAACUGGAAGUGGGGGGCUGGAUGUGGAUGUCGGUGCGUGGAUAAGGGGGGAUAAAGUCUUGCUUGGGAUUGUGAAUACGGGGGCUGGUAUGGGAAGGGUGGAGAUCUCUAUGCCGGAGGAGAUGGGGAUCCGUGGGAUAGGGGAGGUUUUGUAUGGUGAGGUGGGGUGGAGAGUUGAGGGGGNUGGUUAA